AUGAGACUCAUCGACACUAGAACCCUUGAGCUCCGUACUUUCGUGGACGAAACCCAUGUACCACCAUAUGCCAUCCUGGCCCACACCUGGGGCGAAGACGAAGUUACCCUGCAGCAGUUUACAGAUCGGUCACCAAAAGCGAAUGGUUGGAAAGCCAGUCGAGGCUACUGGAAGAUUUUGAAAGCCUGUCAACAAGCCCUCAGCGAUCGCCUAUCGCUAGUGUGGGUGGAUACCUGCUGUAUCGACAGUACAUCCUCCUCGGACUUGGGCGAAACGAUCGUCAGCAUGUUUCGGUGGUACCAGCAGGCAACAGUGUGUUACGCCUACCUAGACGAUGUGAAUGUAUCGUCCGUGGCGAAGGUGGGGGGAGUCCUCAACUCCAAAUACAACAAUGACGCGUUCGCCAAGUCACGGUUUUUCACACGCGGAUGGACAUUACAAGAGUUGAUAGCCCCGGAACAUCUUCAGUUCUAUGGCGCAGAGUGGAGAUACAUCGGCAAGAAGGACUCGUUACUCAAAGAGCUGGAGUGCAUCACUGGCAUCAGCCAACGUAUACUCUCGAAGGAAAGCGACGUGUUGGAUGAGAGCAUCGCAAAGCGAAUGAGUUGGAUGGCUGGACGUACGACAACACGAGUAGAAGACAUCGCAUAUUGCCUAAUGGGCAUUUUCGACGUCCAAAUGCCGCUACUGUAUGGAGAAAGAGAUAAAGCUUUCCUCCGGCUCCAGGAGGAGAUAAUGAGGAAUUCAGAGGACCACAGUCUACUCGCAUGGGGAGCACGCCGUUCAGAUGUCAAGGGAACACUUAGCCCAAUAUUUGCCGAUCAUCCGAGGCAGUUCGCAGCUUCAAGAGGCAUAGUCAACCGCUAUCACUUCGAUAAGGAUAUCAACGAACAGGAUUUAAUAGGAGAUGAUUACGCAUCCACACUCAGCGGUGUCAAGAUUACGCUCCGCGUCUGCAGUCCUCCCGGUCCCUGGGGCGCAUUAGCACCUGAAAAAGAAGACCGCUUGGCUGUGCUCGAGUGCCGCUUUGAAGAUCCAAACCUUGAGGGUUGCUGGCCUGCCAUCGCUAUCAGAAGACUCAAAGGAUCCAAGACGGCAGUGUACAGUCGCAUCGGAGGUACAGAGAUCUUUCCCGUUGUUUUUGGCGAGGUUACCAACGCCCAAAAGCGGAUGGGCGUCAUACCUGUUGGCAAGAUGGAUGGUGGAGAAGGGAUCUAUCUUCUUCAUAGGGGUAUAAAAGAUAUUCCUCGUUGGGCUAUUAGCUAA